AUGGCAAAUUGGGGAACUAUGCUUGUUUUCUUCGGAUCUUUGUACCCCACAACCACGCGUUUUACUUUCAUCGAAGCACUCAAAAAGUAUGGUCUUUGUCUUUUAUUCCACCUGAAUAGUCCAUUCCCACCCACUGUCACAGAUUGUUCUGGUUUUACUCUUACCCUCCAGUUCUCUGUUCUCACAAAGACACAAUUAGCAUUCAUUCAAUUCUCUCUAAUUGAAGAAAUGGCGGAAGGAGCUCUGUCCGGAGUUGCUAAGGGAAUCAUCGGGAUAGCGGGCAAGCUAGCACUCUCAGAGGUUGCGCUCAUCUGGGGUGUCAAAGACGAGAUCAACAAACUCAAGGAGACAGUUUCCACUAUCAAAGCUGUCCUUAUGGGUGCAGAGGCGAAGCAACACAACAGUGAAGCGAUCAAAGUGUGGCUGCAAAGGCUUAAGGACGCCAUGUUUGAUGCGGAUGACUUACUGGAUGAAAUCUCCACUGAGGCCCUACAACGGGAAGUGAUGACCCGUGACAAGGCCAAAAAGGUACGCAUCUUAUUUUCCAAACCUAACCAGCCUGCAUAUGGUAUUAGAAUGGGUCAUAAGGUUAAGGAGAUGAGGGAGAGGCUAGUUGCUAUAGCUGCGGACAGGCAGUUUCACUUGGAUGAACGUCGUGAGGAGAUACAAGUCAGGAAUGAGUCAAGACGGCAGACUCAUUCCUUUGUAAGUGCUGAAAAUGUUAUUGGGAGGGAGGAGGAUAAGAAGGCCAUUAUUGGAUCUCUGUUGGAUCCCAAUGUUAAGGAGAAUGUUUCUGUCCUUCCGAUAGUUGGUAUCGGAGGACUAGGAAAGACCACAGUUGCUCAACUUGUCUUCAAUGAUAAAGAACUCAGAGACCAUUUUGAGCCAAAAGUGUGGGUGUGUGUCUCUGAGAAUUUUGAUGUGAAGAUAAUUGUUGAGAAAAUCUUGGAAUGUAUAAAAAAUGAGAAACCGAAAGACCUUGAAAUGAACACAUUAGUCAAUAAUCUUCAAAAAGAAAUUAAUGGAAAAAGAUACUUGCUUGUGUUGGAUGAUGUGUGGAAUGAGAAUCGUGAGAAAUGGCUUAGCUUGAAAGAUAUUUUGACGGGUGGCGCAAGAGGCAGUGGAAUAUUAUUGACUACACGCAUUAAAAAAGUGGCAGAGAUUACAAAAUCUAUGCAAUUGCACUUGUUAAGGGGUUUAGAUGAUCAACAGUCUUGGUCUUUAUUGAAGAAGAUGGCGUUUAAAGAGGGGGAAGAAUUGAAGAAUGCAAGUUUUGAAAAAAUUGGGAAUGAGAUUCUAAAGAAGUGUGGAGGGAUUCCGCUUGCUAUAAGAGCAAUAGGAGGUCUGUUGUAUUUAAGAAAAUCUGUAAGAGAGUGGCAAUUAUUCAAAGACAAUGACCUUUUGAAUAUAUCUGAGGAAGCCAAUGAUAUUUUACCAACAUUAAAGUUGAGUUACGAUCAUCUCCCAUCACAUUUGAAGCAAUGUUUUGCUUUUUGUAGUAUAUUUCCAAAGGAUUGUAAGAUUGAAAAGGUGAGUUUGAUUUAUAUGUGGAUGGCGCAAGGAUUCAUCAAAUUGUAUAACGAAAAGAAAUGUCCACAAGAUGUUGGGAAUGAGUAUUUUAUGGAUUUGCUUUGGAGAUCGUUCUUUCAAGAAGUUGAAAAGGAUGAACUUGGCAAUAUUUAA